GGAAAUGUAGUUUUUGAGACGCGCAGUCCUGUACGAUUGAAUGGCAAGUGUGCACUACAUGUCCCAGAGUGCUCCGCGAAGGAUUCGCGCAUGUCAACAAGGUGCAUCGUAAGGAACGCUGUCGGUGUUUGUCAUGGAGCCGGCCUGGCGUCAGCAGGGUCGGGGUCGUGGGCGAGGCCAGGGUCAGGGUCCAGGGGCACAACCCCAGAAGGAGAGCAUGAGGACCCAGGCCCCUAGGGGCGUCUGGUCUGGAGGGGGGAGGGGCCGGGGAGGGGGGGGUGACACCAACACGGCCCCCCAAUCUGCACAGGGUAAGGGACCAGGUGUGUCAUCACAGUCCAAGUUUGAUGAGGUCAGGAGGUCCAACCAGGAAGCUGCCCAGCGAUUGGUGAAGAGCCAGUGUAGCUCCUCCUCCUCUGAUGAAGAUGAUGAGGAAGAGACUCAGGCAAAGGAUGGCCAGAGAGGGAAGAUCCUGGCAUCUACCUUCACCACCUACACAGACCAGACGGGAGGAGAUGUGAGUGAUCUCCAGAGGACUCGUCAGUACCUGAGUGAUGCCUUCCAGUCAGGAGCCCUCACCUGCCUCGUCUGCAUCGCCUCUGUCAGGAGGACCCAGGCUGUGUGGAGCUGUUCCGGGUGUUUCUCCCUGUUCCAUGUUCCCUGCAUCCAGAAGUGGGCCACAGACAGCGUGCUGCUGCACAGCCUCACACUGGAGGACCCAGCCAGCCAGGACCUGCCCUGGCCCUGUCCUAAGUGCAGGCAGGAGUACCCCCCCAGCCAGACUCCUAACAGGUACGUGUGUUACUGUGGGAAGGUGCAGGACCCGCCCCCAGACCCCUGGCUCCUCCCACACUCCUGUGGACAGGUGUGUGACCGUGCCCUCAAACCCAGCUGUGGACACAGGUGUCUGCUGCUCUGCCACCCAGGCCCCUGCCCCCCCUGUCCUAAGAUGUUGUCAGUCUCCUGUAUGUGCACUAAGGCCACGCCCCUCCCUCGUCGCUGUAGCAACAAGGCAUGGUCAUGCCAACAACGAUGUGAUAAGAUUCUACCUUGCCGACAACACACCUGUACCAGCCUCUGUCACUCAGGAGAGUGCCAGCCGUGCCCCAGGACCAGUGUACAGAGGUGUGUGUGUGGACGGGAGGAGACCCAGACUCAGUGUGCCAGCCCAGUCUGGUACUGUCAACAGGUGUGUGGGUCUCCUCUGUCCUGUGGGCACCACCUGUGUGAGAGGGCGUGUCACCAGGGCCCCUGUGGAGCCUGCCCUCGCUCUGGAGCCAGGAGCUGCCCCUGCGGCAAGACCAAGUGCUCCCUCCCCUGCACAGAGGAUGUGGCCCCCUGUGGAGACACAUGUGACAGACAGCUGGACUGUGGUGGCUCACACACCUGCUCUCUACGCUGUCAUAGAGGACCCUGUGAGACCUGCCGACAGGAGGUGGAGAAGCAGUGUCGCUGUGGCAGGUACACACGCGUGAUGCCCUGUCAUAAAGAGUACAUAUGUGACACCAAGUGUCAGAACACACGAAGCUGCCAGAAGCACCAGUGUAGAAGAAGGUGUUGCCCUGGUAACUGCCCCCCGUGUGACCAGAAGUGUGGCAGGACUCUGGGCUGCCGGAACCACAAGUGUCCUUCAGUCUGUCACCAAGGCAGCUGCUACCCGUGUCCAGAGGGUGUGGAGGUGAGGUGUGUGUGCGGCGUCAGCUGUGUGACGGUGCCCUGCGGGAGAGAGAGGAACACCAAACCUCCUCGCUGCAGAGAGAUCUGCCGGACGCCCCCAGACUGCCACCACCCCAGCAGAGAGCAGCAUCGCUGCCACCCCGGGCCCUGCCCCCCCUGCCGGCUGGCCUGCCUGCUGCCCCGGCCCUCCUGCCCCCACCCCUGCCCCCAGCCCUGCCACGACAAGGUGCUGGUGAAGACCCAGGACCGGGCCCAGCUCGCAGGUCCCUGGGAGCCUUCACAGCCAGAGUUUGUGUGUAAAGCUGUACCCUGCCCUCCCUGCAUCAUCCCCAUACCCAGGGCCUGUCGAGGAAAGCAUGAGGUGACUCCAGUGCCGUGUCCAGCGGGAGCAUUCUCCUGUCAGAGACCAUGUGGACGAACUCUGACCUGCAGUAACCAUAGCUGCACCCGCGAGUGUCACGUUGUCAAGGCUACCGACAAGCAACUGGCAGGACCGGAGUGUGAGGUGUGUGAGGAGGGCUGUGGGGCUCCCCGCCCCCCCGGAUGCCCCCACCCCUGCCUGUUGCCAUGCCACCCGGGGCCCUGCCCCCCCUGCCUCCAAAGCCACCGUCAGCGCUGCCACUGCAACAUCACCCUGCUGUACAUCCCCUGUCUGAAGUGGUUGUCGGCAGGGGAGCAGGGCAGGAGAGAGCUGUCCUCCUGCAGGAACAAGUGCCCCAAACAGCUGAGGUGUGGACAUGGCUGUAAGGACGUGUGUCAUCAUGGAGCGUGUGAGCAGACCUGCACACAAAGAGUCAGACUCAGGUGUCCCUGCAGGAGGAUCAGGAAGGAGUUUCCCUGCUGUAAGGUGGAGGAGGAGAGGCUCCUGGUGUGUGAUGACGCCUGCAGAGCUGUGAGGAGGAGAGUUACCCAGCUGCCUAAUUCUCUGGCCCAUUAG